AGUGCCACCGACGUUGUCGUCAAUCGUCAUUCCACGUUCGUCCUGUCCGCGUGCGUGUUGUCGGUGUCGCGCCGUCGACGCCUUCGAUGCCGUCGAAUUGACAAAAAACAAUUAAUAUAAUUUAUAUAUAUUUAUAUAUAAUAUUAUACAAAAAUAACAGAAAUUUGAAUAUUUUUAUUCAGUCCGUUGCUUAUCUACGGGACGCGGUUAAAAGUGCGUGGUCCGGUUGAAGUACAAAAUAGUACACAAACGUGAAAAUAAUUGUUUUGUUUAUUAUUUAUCUUUAAAAUAUUGUUAUUCGUAUAGUUUAUUAUUAUUAAGUAUUAUAGUUUUUUAAUGUAUGCAAUAUAAUAGAAUGAAAGCUCUUCGGAAUUUCAUUUUAUGACCACUAUGGAUGUAUAAAUAGCCGAUCUGAAUACACGCACUGCCUACUUAUUUCAAGCUGACUUGGAAAAUAUGGCACCGGAUCAAAUGGGACCGGACGAUGACGCGGGCGUGACCGCUUUGAGCAACUGUGGAGCUUCCGUGAACACCGUCUUCGUCACGGUACCUGCCAGUCCAUUUCCAACCCGGGAAGAACAACAGCUGUCUUCCGAAGACGUUUCCAUCGGCGACGGCGAGAAAGACAAAGGCAACUCGUCGACGGACGACAACGAGGACGAUGACCUUACGUCACUCAGUUGGCUGCAAAACAAGAAUCUCCUCAAAGGAGUUCACGAGCUUCCCAAAACUGAUUAUGCAGACGAAGCGUCCUCUGACUCGCGUUCGUCGAGCGGUCAGUCAAUAUCGCCUGUCCGCUGUUGGACCACCGUGUCCAGUUUACCCAAAGUGUCCGCACUGCGGUCGUCUAGCUACGAUCCAAAAGUGCAUACCGAGUCAAAACCGCCGUACUCGUUUUCCUGUCUUAUAUUCAUGGCAAUAGAAGAUUCGCCAAAAAAAGCCCUGCCUGUCAAAGACAUCUACGGCUGGAUCGUAGAUCAUUUCCCGUACUACAAGAACGCACCUACCGGCUGGAAAAACAGCGUCAGACACAACUUAUCGCUGAACAAGUGUUUCAGAAAAGUGGAAAAAGCGCCGAACUUGGGGAAGGGAUCCCUGUGGAUGGUGGAACCGUCUUACCGGCCGUGUCUGAUACAAGCCUUGCAGAAAACUCCAUACACCAAGGGCUACAGCAAAAAGACGGUGACGGCCAGUCCUAUCAGUCAAUCUUUGGAAAUCCAAGUGAAAGACGAACGAAGCGAGGACGAAAUGUCCACGGUCAGCGACGUGGACGCCGCAACGGCUAUGCUAGUGUUAAAACACGGGCCACACGUUCGCAUCGUCCAUGACAGAGAUUGGCAGCUGGCACAGACGAAACCUAACACUGAAUCAGAAUUAGCGGAAGUGAGAAAUCUUUAUCCCAUAGUUACAAUUUGUCCAAGUGAGGAUCAUACGUACGAUAAUUGCUUCAAAACUGACAGCUUGUGCAAGGAAGACGCUGAAGAGAGGCGAAGAAUAGUAGAAGGAGCCGAUGCCUUGUUAAAUCUGGCUGGUAUAGCUACGCGACGCUCGUUGAAACGUUCAUCAAGUUUCGAAUGCAUCGAUGCCAAAAGAGAAUGUACAGAUACUCUACGACAGAUAUACCUGAAGAAACAGACGGAUAAUAAUAAUGAACCGACAGCCAUAGAACACCAUAAGGACAAAUUUAGAUAAAACUUACUUUUUUUUUCCAUUAGCAUUUUGUUAACUAGUUCAUAUAAUAAUAUGACACAUUAAAUACAUAGUUUAUUCUUAAAUUUAUAGAAAAAAGAAUAAUUAUAUUGCUACUGAAUGAGCGGGUUAGUUAUAAUAUGUAUAACAGUGGUAUUGUUGAAAAGGUGAUAGUUUUUCUCUCGAUUACUAUAUGUCAUUUGUUACAUUGAACAUUAUUGUCUUCUCGCUCUUAGGAAGCACUGUGAUAGUAUUUUUAAAAAAAAAAAACAAACUUUAUUAUUCAUGGAAUGCGCGAUAUUAUUAGUUUCGACAAAUGCCUGACUGUACACCAAAUUUGUUAAUAACUUUUUUUUUUUUGUUAUGUUUAUUCAUAUAAUGGUUAAAUAUUAAAUAAUAUAUAAAACGUAUAUAUAUAUUUAUAAAUAUAUUUUUAGAAUUUUUUUUUUUGUUACACAUUUUGUUGUGAAAUUUAAAAAUCUAUACAAUUUUAUAUGCUUCCACGAAGUGCUCCCUGUUUGUGUUCAAAGACAAUCAGAAAUGUUUUUUUAACAUAUUAGAAAUUAAAAAAUAAAAUAGUUUAAAAAACAAAGUUGAUUAGAAGUAUUUAUUAUACAUUGAAAAUUUUUUGUUGAGUAAAAGAUGUUCUUUCAAUGUAUUAAAAUUACUUAACAUUUUUAUGUUUGAAUAAAAUUGAUAGUAUACUAGUAACAUAGUUAAAAAUAAAAUUUGUCAUUUAUUUUUAAUUUUUUUGAUUGAUGUUGAUGAACACACUAGUAGAGGAUACUCAAAAGAAGUAUUUUCUACGGAGUUAUAACCAUUAUAAAAAAUACAUCAUGUAGACGCAAUAUUUCAUAAAUUACAUUUGUUGGUUGACAAUUACAAGAGCAAUAAAAACAAU